AUGCCGAAAAACCGCCCUGCCACAUCGGGCUACGCCCGUCUCGCUCAAGAGGAGGAGGAACGCGGCUACCUCCACGAUGACUCGGAAGACGAUGACAUUGCCGUCGCAUCAUCGACCGUCUCGACGUCCGCCCCUCGUUAUGCCCCCAUCUCCUCCCGAGCCCAGAUGCAGGCGUCCGGUCUUUCUACGCCCCCCGGCCAUCGACGCAGACACAGUGGAUAUCAACGGCGCGGCCGCCGAAAUUCCGGGGUCGAUAUAAAGGCAAUUAAUGCACGUCUGGAACGGUGGGCGGAGGAGAUUGCCGCCAAGUUCAAGAUCAACCGCGUUAAGGGCAAGACCUACGAGGAAGAAAAGCUCGAAAUCUACCACUCCGUCUUUCAGGCCCCGCCCGGGGUUCAGCCAGUGACCGCAGAAGUCCUGGAGUCGGAUGAAUUUGAGGGUCAACAGCGAACAGCGCGAGCUGAGUUCGAGGAAAUCAUCGAGAGUGUCCGUUUGGCAAUUGAGAUGGACAUUCACCCACGGAUGAUUGCACAAGGAAGUUCGGGCAGUUACUUUGCCCGUAACACCGAAGGCAAGGUCGUGGGUGUGUUCAAACCUAAAGACGAGGAGCCCUAUGCCUCCCGAAACCCCAAAUGGACCAAGUGGAUUCACCGGAACUUGUUCCCUUGCUUCUUCGGCAGAGCCUGCCUCAUUCCCAACCUUUCCUACGUCUCCGAAGCCGCCGCCUACGUCCUCGAUGCCCGUCUACGAACGAACAUGGUCCCGUACACCGAUAUCGUUUACCUAUCAUCCAAAUCCUUCUUCUACGACUUCUGGGACCGGCGCAAGGCGUGGAAGGGGAAGAAAACGUUGCCCCCUAAGGCAGGUAGCUUCCAGGUGUUCCUCAAAGGAUACAAGGAUGCCAAUAUUUUCCUUCGUGAACAUCCGUGGCCGGAUCAGACCAAUUCUGGAUUCCGUGCCCAGGAUGCUCCGAAGCGCAAGAAGCGGCCUUGGAACGAAGCAUGCCGCCCAUCAGGCGUGCAAUCCGACGAUGAGGAUGAAGAUAUGCCAUCGCCAAACCCUCGCGACGAAAGCCGCGAGCGGCGGUUCAACUGGACUGAAAACCUGAAACAGUCAUUCCGCGAAGAGUUGGAAAAGUUGGUCAUUUUGGACUACAUAAUGCGCAAUACGGACCGUGGAUUGGAUAAUUGGAUGGUCAAGAUUGACUGGGGCGCCGAGCAAGUUUCUAUCGUAGCGGAUCCCCCGAAAACUACCGAGCCAACGCCCAAACAUGACGAGGACGAACUCAUGCCUCCGCCUCGCCCGGUUUCUGUGAACUCAAAUGGCUCUCAUCCCUAUAAGCGCCAGGAGACGAUGAUAGCAGUGAGUCGCACGGGAACACCUUUGGCAUCAUCGGAGCAGCAAGCCUCGGUUCAAGUGGGUGCUAUCGACAACAGUUUGUCGUGGCCAUGGAAGCACCCGGAUGCUUGGCGAAGCUUCCCCUUUGGAUGGCUCUUCCUGCCGGUUUCCUUGAUCGGCCAACCCUUCUCGCAAAAGACCCGUGACCAUUUCCUCCCUCUGUUGACGUCUACUGCGUGGUGGAGCGGAACACAAAUGGCUCUGCGCCAGGUGUUCGCUCAAGACGAUGACUUCAAAGAAGGCAUGUUUGCACGACAAAUCGCGGUGAUGAAGGGCCAAGCCUGGAACGUUGUCGAAACUUUGAAACAACCGGACCAUGGCCCGCUUGAAUUGACCCGAAGGACACGGGUUUGCGUAUGGGACGACUUAGUCGAUGUGCCCGUUGCCAUCCCGAUGCGAGCCCCAUCCAUGGACGCGCAAAGACGCCAGGCCACGAAUUACGACUAUGACGAAGAGGAAGAAAUGGAUAUUGGUGCGGCCAAUUCUUCUAACGCCCCGAACGAUCAUGACCUUUUGGGUCUAGAUUCGGCCCCGAUUGAUCUCCCCAACCCGAAUCGCUUCGAGCUCAACCGUAAUCGCCCAGACGGAGACUCGGUUGGCAGUCCUGCGGCUUUGAAUGACGGCGAUCUUGCUCGUCGGAAUGGCGAUGGCGCCUACGCCAGAUCAUUGGAUGGGUGGCCCUCGCUCCCUCCUCGACCCAACAAGCAUCGCAAGCAGGGCGGCUCCGUGUCUUUCCGUGUGCCUCAUGUCAAUACCUUUGGCAGCGAUGAUCUUGAGGGUGACCUCGGAUACGCUGCCGCCGAGGGCAUGGAAGGCAACCAGCGCAAAGUUAUUGUUGAGCGCUUAGAAGCCGUCAAGAGCAAAAAUCCCGUCUUCACCUGGUGCUAA